ACUGCCCAUGACUGGCGUGCUUCUGCAUGGUGUCCGAAUAAUGUUAUUGACAAAAAUAUCAGCCUACCUACUUCCGAGGCUGUGAAGGUGUACUCAUGACAGAGCUUUGCCAUGGCAGCAGAGCGCAGGACCGGUUUGUUACCACAGCAGCAUUGUCCCUCGUGUUUGUUGUGUACAUCCGGGGAGCUGUAGUACGGACCCCGUCAUGCUUCUGUCGAGGAGCAACUUCGGGUAAUAAAGGAUCCAUCCAUCCAUCCGCACAGAACACCCAUUGCGUUCCUCCUGCACGUCUUCAGCCCGUCUUUGCAUAUCAGCUGUUCAAUAUCGCCAAUGUCACAUUGUUUUCCCGCCUACACUUAUCAUUGCAUUGUCUUUUGAAGCCUCGAGAUGACCACGUUUCUGACAUGAUUUUGAUUAAAAACUUCCUCGUUACAACUGGCACUCAUUGGCUCGCUCUGAUGCGUUUUCUGCCGAUGUUGCGAGUGGAAAUAGGACCCCUCUUUAUCAUGAACCAACUUUUCCACUGUCCACCUGCGCAUUCGUUAAAGAUACACUUGAUUCGUACGCGGCCACCGCCCACACCGGGGAAAGAGGCCUCGAAGUUGUGAGAGGAAAAGGAAUCCGGUUGCAUCAUACUCUCUCGCCCACAAACCCUGUUCUACUGGUCAUUCCUCGCUCAAUCUCAGAACCUCAAGUAGUCACCGCGCGCUUCGCGAGGUACUUCUUUCUUGGAAUAGCACACCUAUCACGCACCGCCUCCGAAUGUCUCAAAGUCGUUUUAUAUUCACAUCCACCCCUCAACUCGUUUCUUUGAGAACAGCUCUAGGCUUGUCAUACCAUUUCAGAAGUCAGCGCAACCUAGUUUUAACUCGAAAGGGAAGCAUUAUUUUCUGCGAGCACCUACGGCCUACUUACGACACUGUGAUCCAUCUAUCCAGUCAUGUGUAGUCAUUGUGGCAGAUGCUCUUCAAUGAAGUUGACAUCUGGUGACUACAAAUUAUAUACUCAUGACAUGCAGC